AUGCUUACAAAAAAUGAAAAUAUGAGUUUAUUAGGUUUUGUUCCUGCGUUGGUUGUUCAAUAUUUAGCCAAUCAAAAAUAAAUAUCUUAACUUCCAGAAAAAUAAAAUUUAAGAUCUGUUGUGAUGUUUGCUGAUAUAUCAGGAUUCACUAAUUUGACAGAAACAUUAUCGAAAUUAGGAAAUGAAGGUGCUGAGUUAAUUGCUUUUGCUAUUAAUCGAUAUAUGGAAUUGUUAGUAUCAGCAAUAAGUAAGAGUGGUGGAGAUAUUUUUAAGUUUGCUGGGGGUAUAUGAUGAACUAAUUUUAGAUGCAAUGAUUGUAGUUUGGCCUCCUUCUAUAAAAGAAAAUGCUGUAGAAAACCAUGAAGAAUUAAGAGUCAUAUGUAGAUUAGCUGUGCAAUCAGCUUUAGAUAUUUAAUCAAAAUUGAAUAAUACUACAAUUUUAGAAGAUAUAAAACUUUCGGUUAAAAUUGGAUUUGGAAUAGGAGAUAUUAAUAUCAUUUAUGUUGGAGGAGUUUUUGGAAGAAGUGAAUAUUUGGCUACAGGUGAUCCACUAACUUAGGCUUUUAAGAGUGAACAUCAUGCUACUAGUGGAGGAUAAAUCAUAGUAUCAUAGGAGGUUUUUGAUAUGGUUUCUGAUUUUUUUGUGUUUUAGAAGUUGUAAACAGAUUCUAACUUUUAUAUGGUUUUAAAAUUAAUCAAUAAUAAAGUGUAAUUGAAAGCUGGAGCUUAAUUAAUAAAAAAUAGAUUAGGUGGAAUAGAUAAACAAUAAAUAAUGACAUUUAUACCAGCUGCAUUAAUUCCUUAUAUUGAGAUUGAGUAAGAGAAGUGGAGCAGUGAAUUAAGAAGAAUAACAACUUUGUUUAUAAAUUUAGGAAUAGAUUUAAGUGAUGCUGAUUCUAGAUUGUAGCAUAUCUAAAAGGUGAUAGAAGUUGUACAAAAAUGUAUUUAUAUAAAUGAAGGAUCUCUUAAUAAAUUAUUGAUGGAUGAUAAAGGUUCAACAUUAAUAGUUGGUUUUGGAUUGCCUCCUUUAAAGCAUUAAGAUGAUCCAAUUCGUGCAUUGUUAGCAGCAUAAUUGUUAGUAAAAUAACUAAGUUUAAUAAAUUGUAAAUGUUAUAUUGGAGUUGCAACUGGAAUAGUAUUUACUGGUGUUGUAGGAACAAGUGGAUCAAGAAGGGAAUAUUCGAUACUUGGUGAUGCAGUUAAUUUAGCUGCUAGAUUAAUGUCACUAGCUAUAACAGAGAAUAAAUCUAUAUUAUUAUGUUAAAAAACAGCAGAAGAAUGUGAACAUAAAAUGGAUUGUGAAUUAUUCAAAAUGGUUCAAUUGAAAGGGAAAAGUGGAUUGAUCCCUGUUUAUUAGAUUUAAUAAAAGAAAGCAAUUUUGAAAAUUCAUUAUUAUGAGAGUAAAAUGGGAUUUAAUUAGAAAGGACUUAUUGGUGGUAAGGAUAAAACUUAAUAGUUUUUACAUAUUGUUAAUACAUUUUUAAUGAUGGAUAGAGAAGGCAAGAUAUCUUUAGUUGAUAUGGAUUUAGAAAGGGAUUUUAUUUUAUUGAAAGGCAGUUAUGGUGUUGGGAAAACAUUUGUUAUGAAAAUUUUAGAAUAUUAAAUCAAAACUGAAAAUCCAAAGGUAUUGAUUCUAGAAUCAUCUAUUAAUUCAUUUGAAAAAAUAUUUAGGGGAAACGGAUUCAAAAAUAUCAUUAAAUAAAUAUUUGAUAUUGCACUAUCUAAAACUACAUACAUUCAAUCAGAAUUAUUAUAAUUUAUAAGUAAUGGAAAUCAAUUGGUAUAAAAAAUAUUAGAAGAAUUAUUAGAUUUAAAUGAAUGGUUGAAUGAUUAUGUUAAUAACUUUCCUAAAUUUGAAUCCACAUACAAUAUUAAUGAUGAUUAAAUAAUGAAAUUAAUAGGUUAAGCAAUUGUAAAAUUGUUUGAGAUCUAUUUUGAAUAAUAAUUACCAGAUAAGAAAAAGAGACUUUAUUCAUAAAUGUUGGAUGAUGAAUCUGAUGAUAUUCUCUCUAAUGAUUUAUCAUCCGAUAAAAUUGAUGUACCACCAAUAAUCAUAGUAUUAGAUGAUUUAUAAUACUAUGAUCAGUUAUCAUUUUAUGUAAAGUAAAUAAUUACAUUCUUAGUUAAUGAAGACAAUAAUCAAGAAAUUUAAUAGAAUUCUACUUAUUGGAAUUACAAGAGAUUAAUUUUGGGAAAUUCCAAUUAUGAGUAGAAAGGGUAUUUCCAGAAAUCCUAAUAGAACUUAAGAAUUAAUUUACGACAAAGGAGUUGAAUCAAUUAUAAACUUAUAUAAUGUUACUCCAAAUGAAGUUAUUAUGAAAGGAAUUAAAAAUAUUGAAGAACAAAAAUAAUUAUUACUUCUAUAUUUUGGUUUUGAAAAGCUCUCUGAUCCUAAAAUACAUGAAAUCUUGCAUCUUAAAAGUUGCAAAUAACCAUUACUUCUAAUUCAUCUAGUUAAAACAUUAUUAAAUAAUAAAUAUCUCAGAAAAGAAAAUGAUUUUGCUUAUGCUUCUUAACAAUUACAAACAUUAUUUUAACAUGAAGAAUGGCUUUAAAUUGAAAUUCCAUAAAUUUGUUUAUAAAUUAAUGGUCCAAUAAUUGACUCAUUAUCAUGUGUUAAUUUAUUACUUUUGAAAUUUGCAUGUGUAAUAGGAGAUAUUUUUGAUAUUUAAACAUUAUUCAAAAUAAUCCCAUUUAAAUAAAUCAACUAAAAUAAGUUAUUAAUGGCUUUGAAAUAACUGGUUUAAUAGGAUAUUAUCGAAUUUAUGCAUGAUGACAAUGAGAAUCGUUAUUAUCGGUUUGUUACUCCAUUUAUGAGAGAAUGUUUAUAUUAAAGUAUGACUUAUACUCAGAGAAGGUCAAUUCACUCUUUAGUUGCUGAAGCUUUAUAAAUUAUACCAUAACCUUAUGAAGAUUAUAAAGAACUAAAAAGAUUAGAAUAUCAUUGGAGUAUGGCAGAAUAAAGAGUUAGCAUUAAAAGUUCUAAUACAAUGAUUAAAUUUUCACAUAAGGCAAAGAAAUCUUUAAUUGUGAAAUAGAUUUAAAUGAUAUUAAAAAUAGAGAAUAAUGUUAAAGUUCCUUUAAAAAAAGGUUACAUUUUUAAACGAUCUGAUAAGAAAGUAUCAUGGCAAUUUAGAUAUUGUGUAAUAGAUAGUGAAAAUAUGAUGUAAAUAUGUAAUAUAAUUAUAUUUCUUUAGUUUGUAUCUAAAUGAUUAGAUGAGUGAGUAAACAGGAACCUUGCCAUUAAAAUUAAUUUCAUCAAUAAUUCCAAUUUUUGAUAAAUCAAAUGAUUAAUAAUAAUUUUGUUUAAAGUUAGGUGUGAGUGAUUGGAUAAAGAAGGGAAAAAUUAAAGGAAACAAAAGGGUAUUUCUUUUUGCUUUUGAAUCUGAGGAUUCAUUGGAAGAAUGGACUAUAUUUUUAGAAUUUGUAAAAGCUAAAUCGAUAUAUAAUGAUUUUGUUGAAAAUUUCGGAAGAAUAUAAUUACCAAUAAAUUUAAUAAAUGAAGCUUUUGAUCCUUAAUUAACAAUAUAUUUAUAAGAGAUGUUCAAAGGUUCAAUAAAGAGAUUUAGAUAAUAGAAUGUAACAGAGCAAAUGAGUAAUAAAAAUAGGAAAUCAACACAUUCAAAACCAUAAUAACUUUAAAUAGUUUAAAGUCCUAUUCAUAAUUAUCAUUCUCCUAAUAUUAAUCCUAAGAGAUUUUCUGUUAGAUUCAGUGCAAUAAGUGAAUAAGAAGAGAAAUCUGAUGAUACACCUUUAAAAGAGAAGUUAAGAUAAUUUUUUUUUGGUUCUUUUUCAGUUUUAGCAAUACAUUUACUUACUCACAUAUAUGAACCAAAUUAUAUUAUACUUGGAUAAGAAGGUAGAAAUAUGAGAAGAUUAAUGAAAAAUAGAAAACACAAAAAUAAUACAAUGUAAAGAAUACCAAAGAAUCCUUCUAUAAUUGAAUUCGAUUUUUAGUGA